GAGCUCCGCCCCUCGCCUGGCUCCGCUCUCCCGGGAGCUGGGGCUUUGAGCGUCCCGGGUUGGGCGGGGAACUGGUAGCAUCGCUCCUAGGAUGCGAGGGCCAUUUCUCUCCAGCCGGGGGUUAGAUCCUCGGGAAGCUGAGCCAUCCCAUCCAACCGCUUGCCCCAAACCGGGCGCAGGCCGUGGUCACUUCUCUAGGAAGCUCGGAAGAUCCCGCCACUCCGUCCCUCAAAGGUGCGGAAAGCCGGCUUCCCCCAGCCCUCGGGGAAGAUUCCUGACUCUUCGCUUGGUCGAGGCAUCUGAGGGCAGGAGCUAAGCCAGGCGUACCGGAUAGACCAGUGGACAACACCCACGCCGGACCUCCUGUCCCCCACCCGGACCUAGACUCGGCUCCACACAUUGCCCCGGGGGGGCCAGGCGCAGUCACGCGCGCGCAGAGCUCACGCUCUCCGCCCCGCACACCUGUGCUCCGCCUCCUGGUCCUGGGCCCGCGACGGGCGAAGGCAUUUGGGAAGCCAGGACAGCUGCGGAGGCGAUCUGCCUGACCCAGGGCCGGAGUUGCCCGGAGCCUGCCGCCGCUCUCAGUCAGCCCGCAUCCUUCUCUGUCCUUCCCUCCCCCCGCCUGCCACGGCGCGGGUGUCCGCAGCCACAGCCCGGGGCCGGUGAGGCGGCGAAGGGGGAGGGGAGGAAUCAAGGGAUGAGCGCCGGAAGGGCGUCGGGGGCCCCGAGCCGCACUAGGACGCCCCUGGAGCCGGAACCUGAGCGGAAGCCGGAACCAGAACCAAAUCACCGCUGCAGCCCCCUAAACCCAGGAGGCGCCCUGGCCCGCGCUCGCCCCCCAGGGCCUCAUGUCGGAACCACAGCCUGACCUGGAACCGCCCCAACAUGGGCUGUAUAUGCUCUUCCUGCUUGUGCUGGUCUUCUUCCUCAUGGGCCUGGUAGGUUUCAUGAUCUGCCACGUGCUCAAGAAGAAGGGCUACCGCUGCCGCACGUCGAGGGGCUCCGAGCCUGACGAUGCCCAGCUUCAGCCCCCUGAGGACGAUGACAUGAAUGAGGACACAGUAGAGAGGAUUGUUCGCUGCAUCAUCCAAAAUGAAGCCAAUGCUGAGGCCUUGAAGGAGAUGCUGGGGGACAGUGAAGGAGAAGGGACAGUGCAGCUGUCCAGUGUGGAUGCCACCUCCAGCCUGCAGGACGGAGCCCCCUCCCAUCAUCACACAGUGCACCUGGGCUCUGCAGCCCCUUGCAUCCAUUGCAGCCGCAGCAAGAGGCCUCCACUUGUCCGUCAGGGACGCUCCAAGGAAGGAAAAAGCCGCCCCCGGACAGGGGAGACCACUGUGUUCUCUGUGGGCAGGUUCCGGGUGACACACAUUGAGAAGCGCUAUGGACUGCAUGAACACCGUGAUGGCUCCCCCACGGACAGGAGCUGGGGCUCUGGUGGGGGACAGGACCCAGGGAGUGGUCAGGGGUCUGGGGGAGGGCAGCCCAAGGCAGGGAUGCCUGCCAUGGAGAGGCUGCCCCCUGAGAGACCACAGCCCCAGGUCCUAGCCAGCCCCCCAGUACAGAAUGGAGGACUCAGGGACAGCAGCCUAGCCCCUUGUGCACUUGAAGGGAACCCCAGAGCUUCUGCAGAGCCAACACUGAGGGACAGAGGGAGAGGCCCAAGCCCAGGGCUGCCCAUUCAAGAGGCAAAUGGGCAGCAAAGCAAACCGGACACUUCCGAUCACCAGGUGACUCUACCACGGGGAGCAGGGGGUAUGUGAGUCUCCUUCUUCAUUGUGCUGAUGGACUACCAGCUGGCAGGGCUAGGGUGUGGGUGGGCGUGAAGGCCCUCCCCUCCACUGGACAGCACUGCCCCCCAGCUGAGGGACCAGCUCUACUUCCACCUGGAGUUACACGGUCUCAGGCUGGGGGCCUCAGGAGAGGUCAUGGCCCCUCAGUCUCUUCUCCUUCCCCUGCCUGCAACCCGCCUUCCCCAACACCUCGCUCCAUAUGAUAGAGCGUGGCAGCUGGGAGCAGGCCCCUGCCCCUGGUGGGCCCCUAAAGCAAUAGCACCAUAGGCCCCCUGCCCUCUUAGCACAAGAGGCCCAGGCCCUGGCCUGGCCUUCAUGCCCUUUAUUCAUUGUCAAUAAAUCCGCUCAGACCAUUA